AUGGAAUUGCCUCAUUCAAUUGGAAAUUUACUACAUCUAUGGUAUUUGGAUCUUUCUUACACAGAAAUCAAACAAUUGCCUGAAUUAGUUUGUACCAUGUAUAAUUUAGAAACACUAUUGCUCUAUGAUUGUUAUCAGCUCACUACCUUGCCGGUAAAUCUUCAAAAACUAAUUCAGUUGCGCUAUCUUGAUAUUACUGGAACUAAUUUACAGGAGAUGGCAAUGCAAAUGAGUCAAUUAAAAGGCCUUCAACUUUUAACUGCCUUUGUGGUGGGCAAGUCCAAGGGGUUAUGUAUUGAAGAGUUGAAGGAGUUUCGUCAUCUUCAAAGGAGGCUCUCCAUUUCAAGUUUGCAAAAUGUAACUAAUGGCAUGGGUGCAAUGGAGGCAAAAUUGGAGGAGAAAAUGUACCGUGAAGAACUGGUACUCGAAUGGAGUAGCAGUACCAAUGAUUCACAGAAUGAGAGAGAUGUUCUCAACAAGCUAAAACCUCAUACAAACUUGAAACGCCUUGAGAUUAAAAACUUUGGUGGCACAAGAUUUCCAGAUUGGUUGGGAGAUAAAUUAUUUUGUAAUAUAGUGCAUUUGUCUCUUGACAAUUGUGAGUAUUGCUUUUCCUUGCCACCAUUUGGUCAGUUGGCCCCUUUGAAAGACCUUGAAAUUUCAAGGAUGCAAGGAAUAACAAAGGUAGGCCGUGAAUUCUAUGGAGAUAGUUCUUUAAGCAAACCAUUUCAAUCUCUAGAGACCCUUAGAUUUAAAGAAAUGUUGGAGUGGGUGGACUGGUAUAUAUUAGAAUCUGGAGAGUUCUCUAAGCUUAAAGAGCUUCAAGUAAUCAAAUGUCCAAAGCUGAUUGGAGGCUUACCCAAACACAUUCCAUCUUGUGUGAGACUUGAGAUUCGCGAAUGCUCAAGACUUUUGUCCCAACUUUCGAAUAUUUGUGGCGCAGGCACAAGUGAAUUAGUAUUGAAAGGAUGUGAUGGGGUAGAAUUGGGGUGUCGAGGGUUUCCGCCCAUGCUUACAUACCUUUCAAUUAGCUAUUGUGAAGUUCUACAUUCUUUGCCGCCGAUACUUACAUGCCUUCCGAAACUAGUGUUCCCCAGAUCCAAGGAUAUGGAGAACUGCUACAAAUCCCUUGAAACUUUGUUCUUAUCAUCAUGUGAUGCUCUCAAACCCAUGUGGCUUGGAUUCUUUCCAAAGCUUCGAUCCCUAGGAAUCCGGUUUUGUACGAAUUUCAACAGUAUUACAGAUCUAAACAUGCUUGGGCUCCAAAAUUUGGCAUCUCUCGAGUCACUUUUCUUAAGUGGGUUCUCUAAUCUGAUAUCUUUUCCCCAAGGAGGACUACCCGGACUCAAGCUGACUAACUUUAGGAUCCGGCAAUGUAAGAAGCUCGAGUCGCUACCUGAAGGAAUGCAUGCCCUCUUCCCAUCUCUUCAAUCACUAGAAUUAGUUGGUUGUCGAGAAAUUAAGUCUUUUCCAGAAGGUGGGCUUCCCUCCAGCUUACGUUCACUUGAAAUCCAAAAUUGCAGCAAACUUACUGUUCGCCGAAGAGAAUGGGAUUUGCAAAGGCUCCCUUCUCUUAGACACUUCAGAUUAGUAGGUGGAGAUGGGGUGGAGUCCUUUCCGGAGGAGGGGUUGUUGCCCGCGACUCUUAUGUCACUCCGCAUUGAUUAUCUACCAAAUCUGAAAUCGUUGAACAACAGGGGCCUUCAACUCCUUGGCUCUCUCAAAUACAUUAAGAUUCUGGGAUGCCCUCAGCUCCAAUCCUUGGUCGAAGAGGGGCUUCCCACCUCUCUCUUUAUGCUGGAAUUCUUUGGCUGUCCAAUGCUAAAACCUCGUUACCUCAAGGGGGAAGGACAGGACUGGCAUAAGAUUGCUUGUGUCCCUGUCAUACACAUGGAUGGUGAAGUGAUCUUUGACCAACUCACUCUUCGUCCAGCAAUGGAUUCUCAACCUGGUACACUGGGAUUAGGGAUUGGUAAUGGUGAAUAUAACGAAUCAGUUGUGACAAUAAAGGAAGUAGGUGUGGAAUCUGUUAUUGAAGAGAUAAGAAGUCUAAGUGUCGUUUAUAUGUAA